AUGGUGGUGAAAUUAUUAUUCCUUCUAGGAAUUGCAUUUGCGAUCAUCCAAGUCCCUCUGCAUCCUCUCAAAACCAACCAAGAGUUGCAUGCUUACUACAAGACUCCAAGGAAAUACACCAGAUUUGGAGCAUCAACAGGCAAUGUCCCAAUCGUUAACUACCAAGAUGCUGAAUACUAUGGAACAAUUGGAAUUGGGACUCCAGCCCAACAAUUCAAGGUUAUUUUUGACACUGGGUCUUCCAAUUUGUGGGUGCCUUCCUAUAGCUGCCAAACCUUGGCUUGCUUCACCCAUGAUACUUAUAAGUCAUCUGCUUCCAGCACUUAUGUGAAAAAUGGCACAUCCUUCAGCAUAUCUUAUGGCUCUGGAUCUGUGGAAGGAUUCACAAGUCAAGAUACAGUCACUUGGGGAAACUUUACUAUUCCUAAAGUACUUUUUGGCGAAGUUACCGACUUACAAGGAGUUGCCUUCAUCACAGGAAAAUUCGACGGAAUCCUUGGCAUGGCCUGGCCUUCAAUUGCAGUGAACAACAUUCCUCCUACUUUCUAUUCCUUGUACCAAACAGGGCUGAUUCCUGCUAACCAGUUCUCUGUUUAUCUCAGCAAAGUUGUUAAUGCCCCUGGCAGCCAACUUAUAUUAGGUGGAUCAAUCAGCAGCCUCGGAAAAUCAGCAUUCUCAUAUGUCUCCCUCAGCAACCAAACCUAUUGGUUAAUAAACAUCGAUAAAGUUUCAAUUGGAACUGAAAAAAUUCCAUUUUCCGGCCUGAAAGGUAUUGUUGAUACUGGUACAUCUCUAUUAGUUACCAGAAGCAAAAUUAUGGAUUAUAUGAGAGUCAAGAUUGGGAUCAUCAACACUGACUGUUCAAAUCUUAACACCCUCCCUAACAUCACCUUCACCCUUGGUGGCAAAGACUAUCCUUUGACUCCUUAUCAAUAUGUUUUGAACUUAACAUCUCUAAAUCAAAAUAUAACUGACUGCGAAGGAGGACUUGAAGGAGCUGACUUCGGAGCUCAAAUGGAGCAUGAUUUCAUCCUUGGGGACGUCUUUAUCAGAGCUUAUUAUACACUCUUUGAUUAUGGCAACUCAAGAGUCGGCUUUGCGCCAGCAGCUUAA